GGAAACCUCGGCGCUGCCCGAGCCGGCGGGGCCGGAGGGCGGUGUGAGACCGCCGCCCCGAAGCCAACCGCCGCCCCCACGCCCCGGCCGGCCCCGCCUCCUGCCCCGCCCCGCCCCGGCCCUGUCAGCGGCGCGCGCCCUGCAUGGAGCCGCACCAUGGCGGCGGCAGGAGCGGGCGGGCGGCUGCGGCGGCGCCGCUGAGGGCCGGCAGCGCCGCGGCUGGGCGCUGAGCGGCGGCCGGCAGCGCCGCGGCGGGGGCCGCGCUCUCCCCCUCGCGCCCCUUCCCGCCUCGCCCCCGGCGCGGCGCCGUCCAUGGUCGCGGCCGCCGCGGCGGCGCAGCGCAGCGGAGCAGCGGAGCCCGUCGGCGGCGCCCGGAGCCCGCGGGGCCCGGCCCGGCCCUCGGCGGCGCCGCCCGCCGCCCGCAGGGCACAUCGAGACUAAUCAUCAGCCUUAAUAAGGAUUGAUUGUGGACUACUUGCUGCCAUCGUCCUGGUUUGAUACUGACUGGAAAAGCCUUGACCGUCGUGUUGGGGAGGUGAAAAGGUGGAUGAGCGUCCCUUCUAAGGAAAGGAGGUAGUAAUUUGACGUUGCCCCAUUUUCAGACGGGGAGCUGUGUUUCUCAGGCUGGAGCAGGAACGGCUGGAGCAGGAACGGCUGGAGCAGGGGGCCCCGCUAGAAGAACCUUUAUGGGAUCCUAAUGACAUGCAGGUGGAUGAUUUACUUGUGGUAAUUAAGGUCAACAUGGAUUUGUGGGUCUUUGUCCUUUUGCUCGGAAGCGGCCUCGUAAGCGUGGGUGCUAACAACGUUACGACAGAGCCGCCCACGACCACGCUCACUUCACCCAGGAGUCCCGUCAAAGCAACGACAGCAAGUCCGGAGAGCGGGCCGCCGACGAGCGCGACCAGCCCCACCAGCAGCUCCCCGGCGGCUCUUUCCACCGCGGGGUCGGAGAAGCCCACAACAGCAGCAACCAGGCCCUCGCCGACCACCACCGAGGUGGGUCUCAACACCUCCACCCUCGGCACAACCCUGCCCACGCCUCCGGCCACCUCCGCUCUCCCCAGCGCGACACCGUCCGUCCCCCACGCCGCUCUGCCGGCCACAGAAGAGGAGUCGACGGACAGGAAUUUCAGCGUGACGGUGACGACUCAGGAGACCUCUUCUGCUUCCCACAAUGGUAACUCUGACAGAAGAGAUGAGACUCCGAUUAUAGCAGUGAUGGUGGCCCUGUCCUCCCUUCUGGUCAUAGUAUUUAUUAUUAUCGUGCUGUACAUGCUAAGGUUCAAGAAAUACAAGCAAGCAGGGAGCCACUCCAACUCCUUCCGCCUGUCCAACGGCCGGACGGACGACGCAGAGCCCCAGAGCAUGCCGCUGCUCGCCCGGUCGCCCAGCACCAACCGCAAGUACCCGCCUCUGCCCGUGGAGAAGCUGGAAGAGGAGAUCAACCGGCGGAUGGCCGACGACAACAAACUCUUCCGCGAGGAGUUCAACGCUCUCCCGGCGUGUCCCAUCCAGGCCACGUGCGAAGCUGCUUCCAAGGAGGAGAACAAGGAGAAGAACCGCUACGUGAACAUCUUGCCCUACGAUCAUUCCAGGGUUCAUCUGACGCCCGUCGAAGGGGUUCCCGACUCCGACUACAUUAACGCCUCCUUCAUUAAUGGGUACCAAGAGAAGAACAAGUUCAUUGCUGCACAAGGACCAAAAGAAGAAACAGUGAAUGAUUUCUGGAGGAUGAUUUGGGAGCAAAACACAGCCACAAUUGUCAUGGUGACCAACCUGAAGGAGAGGAAGGAGUGCAAAUGCGCGCAGUACUGGCCAGAUCAGGGCUGCUGGACGUACGGAAACAUCCGGGUUUCUGUGGAAGAUGUGACCGUCUUGGUUGAUUACACGGUGCGGAAGUUCUGCAUUCAGCAGGUAGGGGACGUCACAAACAAGAAGCCGCAGCGCCUGGUGACUCAGUUCCACUUCACCAGCUGGCCUGACUUCGGGGUCCCCUUCACCCCUAUUGGCAUGCUGAAGUUCCUGAAGAAGGUGAAGACAUGUAACCCCCAGUACGCAGGAGCAAUCGUGGUGCACUGCAGCGCCGGGGUAGGACGCACAGGCACUUUUAUCGUCAUCGACGCCAUGCUGGACAUGAUGCACGCCGAGAGGAAGGUGGAUGUUUACGGCUUCGUGAGCCGGAUCCGGGCUCAGCGCUGCCAGAUGGUACAGACAGAUAUGCAGUAUGUGUUUAUAUACCAAGCACUUCUGGAGCACUAUCUCUACGGUGACACAGAGCUGGAAGUGACUUCGUUAGAAAUCCACCUCCAGAAAAUCUACAACAAAGUGCCAGGGACCAGCAGUAACGGGCUGGAAGAGGAGUUCAAGAAACUAACUUCAAUCAAAAUUCAGAACGACAAGAUGAGAACGGGCAACUUGCCAGCAAACAUGAAGAAAAACAGGGUGCUUCAGAUAAUUCCAUAUGAGUUCAACCGAGUAAUCAUUCCAGUGAAGAGAGGGGAAGAGAAUACGGACUAUGUAAAUGCUUCCUUCAUUGAUGGCUAUCGCCAGAAGGACUCCUACAUUGCCAGCCAGGGACCGCUCCAGCACACGAUAGAGGAUUUCUGGCGGAUGAUCUGGGAGUGGAAGUCCUGCUCCAUAGUUAUGUUAACAGAGCUGGAGGAGAGAGGCCAGGAGAAGUGUGCCCAGUACUGGCCUUCUGAUGGCUCAGUGUCCUAUGGAGACAUCACUGUAGAGCUGAAGAAGGAGGAGGAGUGUGAGAGCUACACGGUGCGGGACCUGCUGGUAACGAACACCAGGGAAAACAAGAGCCGACAGAUUCGGCAGUUCCAUUUCCACGGCUGGCCAGAAGUUGGGAUCCCCAGUGAUGGGAAAGGGAUGAUCAACAUCAUCGCGGCCGUGCAGAAGCAGCAGCAGCAGUCUGGCAACCACCCCAUCACGGUGCACUGCAGCGCUGGGGCGGGGAGGACGGGAACCUUCUGCGCGCUGAGCACUGUGCUGGAGAGGGUGAAGGCAGAAGGGAUCCUCGACGUCUUCCAGACGGUGAAGAGUUUAAGGUUGCAGAGGCCGCAUAUGGUGCAGACACUGGAACAGUACGAAUUCUGCUACAAGGUGGUGCAGGAAUAUAUCGACGCCUUCUCGGACUACGCCAACUUCAAGUGAAGCAAGCGAGCGCACGAAACCCACGACAGAAGAGUUGCCUUCUUUAAUAUUUUGUAAUAUUCUGUUUGUUAAUAUACCCCCCCAAAAUAUGUGUAUAUAUCUUAACUGUUUUAGAGGUUGGUACCAUAAGCUUCAUAUUAGCUGGAGAUUUUAUAUGUAGCAAAGUGUUAGUGCAGAUACUGUUGGCUCCUUUUUUUCCAAUGUUUUAUUGGGGAAUUAAAUAGCGUGAUGUUUGGAUUAAUAUUGUCAUACCAUCUCUCUUCUGGAGAGUUGACACAGGCUGUUAUUUUGUUUGUAAAUCUUUUUUUUUUUUCUUGAGGGAGUAAAGCCUUUUUUUAAAAAAAAAAAAAGAAAAAGAUAUUCUGGAUCUCAUCUUAAAAAAAAAAAAGAAAAAAACCCACAAGCACAAGCUUUUCCAAAUCUGCGGGGAAAUGGUUUCACAUUUUUCUGCCGGUCAGCUCUUGAGGAAAAAGGAGAGGGGAAAAAAAAAAAAAAGCUUAUUCUGUGUGUGUGUAUAUAUAUAUAAAUAUCCUAAUUUUUGUAUAAAAAGAAAAAGCAAAAGUUUCCUCCUUCAGGGUCAGACCGCCACGUGCUGCUGAUCUGGAAACCGCGAUGGUCCCGAGCACAGCAGCAGAUUUCAACCAAAAAUAAAUUAAAAAAAAAAGGGGGGGGGGAAAGGAUUUUUUGCUCCCUGAAGGAAACCUCCGUGUGCCGCGCGCCGGAUUUUACGCCGGCCUCCUCCGCUCCUCCGGCUCCCGUCCUGCCUGCGCCCAGCGGGACGGGGCCGCAGAUCCUCCGGCUCUUGGUGGUCCCCGAAAGCUGCCGGGGUCCCUGGGGCCGGAUCCUGCCCCGGGGUUGCCCCCAGCAUCCGCGAGGGUGCGGAAAGCCGGAGCAGCCCCCGCGGCUCCUCCACGCCGCGCCGCGCUCUGCUUCUGUAGGUCAAAAUAAAAAAAAGGAAAAAAGGAAAAGUC